UAUUGAAUGCUAUUUCCAUCUCGGGUACAAGUAUGAUGUGAUCAUCAAUUUUUUGAGAAGUAAGCAUGAUAUAUGCUUGAGUGUACGGACACUUAAACGGAGGCUUGUGAAAUACAAAUUAUCGAGAAAUGAGACUUGGAGAAGUGAGGAAGAAGUAAAGGACAUAGUCAAGGAGGAAAUGCAAGGGUCUGGUUGCCUGUCGGGUUACAGGAAAAUGUGGCAUUUGCUUAAAAUAAAGUACAGUAUUCACGUCCCACGUAACAUGGCUGCACAAAUCUUGCAUGAUCUUGAUCCUGAGGCUAGUAGUUUGAGAAAGAAAAAGAAGCUCAAACGACGGCACUGUCUAUCGCAUGGGCCAAAUCAAUGCUGGCACAUCGAUGGUUACGACAAGCUGAAACCAUUUGGAUUUCCAAUUAAUGCAGGUGUGGAUGGGUACAGCAGAAAGGUUCUAUGGGUGGAGUUAGAAAGGUCAAACAAUCUCCCUGAAAUUACUGCAAGGUAUUACUUAGAAUGUGUUAAGGAACAUGGUUUCUGCCCCUUACAAACCAGGACAGAUUGUGGUACUGAAAAUGACAUUAUAGCUGCCAUGCAGUGUUACUUUCUAUCGGAAGACAAUACACCACACUCUGGGAAGUCUGCCCAUAUCUAUGGAACAUCAACCAGCAAUCAAAGAGUAGAGAACUGGUGGUCUCAUUAUUGGAUGUCCUCUUCAAGUUGGUGGAUGAAGUUUUUGAAAGACCUGGUAGAUAGUGGGCAGGUUGAUAUUUCAAAUGAAAUCCAUAAAGAAUGUCUGUGGUUUUGUUUUCAUGGUAUUUUGCAGCAAGAACUAGAUAAGAUGAGACUAUACUGGAAUACACAUUACAUUAGACCAUCUAGGAAUGACACAGUUGGAGGGGUUCCUGAUGUGUUAUCUCAACUACCUGAAGAAUUAGGUGCUUUUGACUGCUCUUUACCUGUUUCCAGAGACAAAAUUUUAGAAAUGGAAAGUAAAUAUGCCUAUGAAGAGGAAGAGAAUGUCUUUCAGCAAUAUUGUCAUUAUGUGAUAGAAGAAGAGGGGCUUCAGUAUCCUUCAAACCACGAAGAAGCACUUUGUUUAUUUUUUCAACUCAUAAAUAUUGCUGAUUAAUAUUAAAACUAUUUAUUAUGAUCAAUAAACUUUUGAGAAAAAAUUGAAAUACAUUUUUCUUAAAGUACUGGCAGUAUUCAUAAUGAUUGUGAUACAAAAAUUUGAAUAUUCUCUGUCUUUGUUUCUCCUUGUAACAAUUAACCAUAUCAUUAACUACAGACCUAUUGCAUUAAAAAUGUUGCACUUUGUCUGUGAAUACUGUACUUUAUUUUAAGAAAAUGCCACAUUUUCCUGUAACCCGAUAGGCAACCAGACCCUUGCAUUUCCUCCUUGACUAUGUUCUUUAUUUCUUUCUCACUUUUCCAAUCUUUACUUCUUUCUCACUUCUCCAAGUCUCAUUUCUUGAUAAUUUGUAUUUCACGAGCCUCCGUUUAAGUGUUCGUACAUUCAAUCAUAUAUCAUGCUUACUUCUCAAAAAAUUGAUGAUCACAUCAUACUUGUACCCGAGAUGGAAAUAGCAUUCAAUAAUCUCGUCUACAAAAAUCACAAAACUACUGUCAAAAUUGCAAUAUUGAAAUUCCGUUCACAGCAAUGAUCCAAAGGGAUAAAGCUAAAUUUAGAUUUACCAUCCUGAAAACAUUCCACUCCGGCCCCACAGUUAUAGCAAUGCUUUCCACCCUCUUGCACUUUCGUUUCACAAACUUGACAUAUAAACAUCGUAACGUUUGCAAAA